CAGCUGCGCACGGAUCGUGGACGUAUUUCUGCUGUAAAGUCGGUUUUCUAUGGAAUUUACUUGUUUCACCUGAAAUAUUUGUGAAAGUUACUAUUCAUGCGCUGUGUAAAUAGUAAUAUUUAGUGAUUAAGAUGUGACAAAAACAAGUUCUUAUGACUAGUGUCCAUAUAUUGCUCUUCAAACAACGUCGGAACGGAUGGAAUACUACUACUGUAUACAAAGUGACAAUGAUGAAGGUGGGGCGCGUGAGCAUGCGGCUGCUGCUGGGCAUGCUGUGCUUCUCCGUGCUGCUGCUCACGCUCAUCUGGAGCCACUGCGGGGAGGUCCCGCGCAAGCCAAUAGGCUCGGUGAUAUCCAACGCCCUCUCCGAGCGCAAGGCUGCCAGCGACGAGAUCGAGUGCGUCAUCAACGGCGAGUACUCGGUGGCGUGCCGCCGCGAUAGAGACGAAGUCUUCGUGCCUUUCUCAUUCAUCCACAAGUACUUUGAGAUCUAUGGGAAAAUAACUUCGGGGGAUGGUGGAGAAAAAUUCGAAUGGUCACACAGCUACAGCAAAAUCUACCAUCCCAAGAAGAAGUACGAUCCGCGCGGCACCUUUACUACAUUCGAGAAUUACAACGUGGAGGUGCGGGACCGGGUAAAAUGCAUCAGCGGCAUCGAAGGCGUCCCGGUCUCGAUGCAAUGGGAGCCAAAAGGGUUCUUCUAUCCAACGCAGAUAGCUCAAUUUGGACUGGCACAUUACAGCAAGAACUUGACAGAACCGGAGCCUCGGAGAAGAAUAAUAGACGAUGGGGAGAAGCAUCUAGAGAAUUGGAUCGUCAGCAAAGACGCUUAUAUGGCCCGGGAAUACGACACGGCUCUCCACACAAAUGUCCUGAGGUUCUCGACGUCAGACCACGCGUCGAGCCAAGUCUGGCUGAAGGUCAACAUCACCCAAGAUUUUGUGCUGAGUCUAGAUCUGACAUUAUCUGCCAACUCCUCGCUGACAGUCGUGCUCCAGAAUAAGGAUAAAAAGGAAACAGUGUACUUACAUUACGUUACUAGUCAACAGUUAAUUUAUGCGCAAGAGGACCACAUCUACUACGGUAUCGGCACAGAGCCUCUGUGGAGGCGAGUCACCCGCGACCUGAUCAUCGACAUGCAGAAGGGCUGGGCGCUGCUGGACAAGCCCAAGAGAAAGUCGCCACGGUCCAAGUUCAAGAUAUCAUCCAUCAUCCUGAGCGGCGCGGGCAGCGUGGACAACAUCACCAUCGCCGGCAGCGAGCACAUGGCGCACUUCUUCGCGGCGGCGCGCUGGCUCGCGCGGCAGCAGCGCGCGCGCUCGGGCGGCUGGCCCAUCCCCGUGCGGCGCCGCAUCGCCGCCGGCGUCGCCGAGCUGCGGCCGGGCUGGCACUCGGCCAUGAGCCAGGGGCACGCGAUGUCGGUGCUGGCGCGCGCGUACCACCGCAGCGGCGACGCGGGCUACCUGCGCGCCGCCCAGCGCGCGCUGCGCCUGCUCGACGUGCCCAGCGCCGCCGGCGGCGUCAAGGCGCUCUGGAUGGACAAGCACGUCUGCGGCGACGCCGGCUACCUGCGCGCCGCCCAGCGCGCGCUGCGCCUGCUCGACGUGCCCAGCGCCGCCGGCGGCGUCAAGGCGCUCUGGAUGGACAAGCACGUCUGGUACGAGGAGUACCCGACGAAGCCACCGCUCUUCGUGCUGAACGGGUUCAUCUACACGUUGCUGGGACUGUACGACGUGCACGCGGCCGAAGGCGACAACACGGUCUCGCUCGCGCGCAAGCUGUUCGACGACGGCAUCGCAAGCCUCAAGGCGCUGCUGCCGCUCUACGACACCGGCGGCGGCAGCUUCUACGACCUGCGCCACUUCACGCUCGGGGUAAGCCCCAACAUCGCGCGGUGGGACUACCACGCCACGCACGUCAACCAGUUAUACCUGCUAGCGGGCCUGGACGACGACCCCAUCCUCAUCAACACGGCGCGCCGCUGGGAAGGGUACAUGCAAGGCAAGAGGGCGGCGCACAACUGAACCCACUCACGAAGAACCCAGGGAGAAACCUCUUCGAACGUGGUCGCCACGGUAUACCAAGUAUACGAGUCGCGUAAUCCCACGGCAACGACGAAACAAAACAAUAUCGCGGCGCGGUAAGUCGAAUCUCGAAUAUUACAAAAGACGUUCGAUUCAAGUCUGGAAUCAUUUCUGCUCUCGCUGCAGUCAGACGACUUUAUUGAGUUAUCUGUUACGUAUUCAAUAUUUAGUUUUAGUAUCGAGACUUUCGUGUGGAGAAGGCGGUUAGUGCUAUACUAACCUAGUAAUUUGAAAGUUUACGUUUAUUUAUAAAGAAACGAUCUUUCAACUAAAACUGUUGUAUAGAUAAUAUGACAUUCUAUGAUAAACUAUAAAACAUAUUGGGAAGCCAAUGUCGAAUUGUCGACAUAGUGGUAUUUAUACUCUCAUUUAAUGGGAAAUGGGUAAUGCUGCCAAAAGACUGUUAUACGAAUUGGCGAAAACUCUAAUCACAAAUAUAGACUUUUUAUCAUAUUUCAUUGCAGUUGUUUAAAAUAUAAAUAAUCACAAGAAUAUUACAAAAUAAACAAUCUACUUAAAUUAAGAAAAUCUGUUUAGUCUAGUAUCUGCUUUUAGACUCUUGGAAAUGUGCAUGAAACUUCUAUGAUAGAU